AUGAGUGAAUCAAAUCUUGUUAUUUUAUUUGAACAGGAAAGUGCCUUCUAUCUACGCAGAGCAUAUGAUUCUGACGUAAUUGGAAGAUACCUUGAUGAUCCUAAUGUUUGGCAUAUUGUGGAUGGUAGAAAACCAGAUAAAGUUAAUGCCAAGACAAUUCUUAUUUGCUCUCCAUUGAUAGAUCAUUAUGGGGGCUUCGAUAAGAAUAUCCCAAGUAUACGAUACAUGCCAGUUUGGUCUUGGAACGAAAUUGAUACUUGUAGAAGUAAGAUUUUCGGAAGCCUUAGUAUUGAUAGGGUUCGAGAGUUAUUUAUGAGGUGGGGAGGGAUUCCUAGAUACACUUUGGAGGGCGCUCUCAAUAAAGAAAUUCAAUAUCAGCUCGAAGAAGAAAUUGAAUUAUGUGAUGAAAAUAUCUUUAGAUAUAUUGGCGGAAGGGAAAGAAAAGGAGACGAAAGUGAUAAACUCAUACAUAUUUGGACGAACCUUCCAACGGAGGAAAAUGAUGCCGAAGUCGACGAAGAAGCAGAAUGCAGUGAAGUUAUCGAACCAUAUACGCUAAAAACUAUUAUAUUUGCGUCUAAUUAUGUAGGUGAGCAAGUAACUAAGAAACUCAAAAAGAUAAUAGUGGAUAGAUUGUGCAAAGUCAUGGAAGUAGUCUUGGAAGGAAGAAAAAUGAAUUUAAUUCUGGACAAUUUUUUUGAGGCGAUUGCUCAUCAGAUGUUACGAGGUGGAGGAACUUUCCAAGUUCGUUCUUUGGAUUCCAAUAAAACGUACAAUCUUACAUUGAAUCGACAGGAUAAGAUACUUAAAUUUUCUGAUAUUGGUGAUAUUGAGGACAGGAAGUACUAUCAACCGAUUGAUAAAACUUUUCCAUCAAUUGAUGCGAUUUUGGCUCCCGAAUGCAUCUUCCAGAUGACUACAGCUAUGAAUCAUUCCAUCAACACAACAGGUUUGAAAAAACUUCGUGGAAAAUUAGCGAAGACAGGUAAUAUCGACUUUUAUUUCGUUGUGCCAGCACAGUUGUAUGAUGAAUAUCAAAAGCAAAAUUAUGUUACCACCAAAAACGUUAUUGAUCUGAAUAUACCACCUUGGAUUGCAAACCGAGUCAGGCAACAUGUUCUGAGAAUUGAUUUGUGCUCCGGAGCUUUAUCGUCAAAAAGUGAAAGUUCAUUAAAAAGAAGAGGCAAUUUAUUAGAAGCUAGUUCAUUAAAAAGAGGUGAAUAA